ACUCAACAAAAUAACCAGCCCAGUCAGAACGCACUCAGCUUGCUUGCUUCCAUCCCCCAAACAACCAAACAAGCAAACAGAAGGAGACGUCAGAUAUGGAGAAUCAACAAGGAGACAGCUCAAUAAUAUCAGACCAGGUAAAGGUCAACGGAAAUCUAACCCCGUUAACUCUAACAACAGAAGGAGAGCUCCAGUGGACGACGGAGAAAGGUCAACAUAGUCUGACCGUGGAAAAAGAGGUGCUUGGAUUCACAAUUCAAGGAUCCAAAAUAAUAAUCAAAGCAGUUACAGAAAAACGAGACGGAAUCUUCUGUUCCGCAUCCGCAGGAGCUCUGGUGAGGAAGGAUUUUGUUUUUGAACCGUUAAGUGAUGAAUCACUGUACCUUUGGUGUCAACAUCUCCGUGAUUACAUUAAUUCUUUAGGGAGGCCGAAGAGGUUGUUUAUAUUUGUCAAUCCAUUUGGAGGGAAGAAAUCGGCUUUGAAGAUAUAUUUUGAUGUGGUUAAACCUUUGCUUGAAGAUGCUGAUGUCCAAAUUACAGUUCAAGAAACUAAAUAUCAGCUCCAUGCUAAGGAGGUUGUUAGCGCGAUGGACCUUACGAAAUAUGAUGGUAUUGUUUGUGUCAGUGGAGAUGGUAUACUCGUUGAGGUGGUAAAUGGACUUUUAGAAAGAGAAGAUUGGAAUGCUGCAAUAAAGAUGCCUCUUGGAACGGUUCCUGCAGGCACAGGAAAUGGCAUGGUAAAAUCUACUCUGGAUUCUGCUGGUGAACCAUGUACAGCAUCUAAUGCUGUGGUUGCUAUUAUACGAGGCCAUAAGUGCUCACUGGAUGUAGCUACUAUCUUGCAAGGAGAUACCAAAUUCUUUAGUGUCUUGAUGUUUGCAUGGGGUUUAGUGGCAGAUAUUGACAUUGAGUCUGAGAAAUAUCGGUGGAUGGGGAGUGCCCGUCUUGAUUUCUAUGGCCUUCAACGAAUGUUAUGUCUGAGGCAAUACAGUGGACGCAUAUCUUUUGUGCCUGCACCUGGCUUCGAAGCUUAUGGGGAGCCAACCAGGUACAAUGGUGAAUUUACCAGCACACAGAGUAGUAUCAAUCCUGGCCAAGAGCAGCAUGUUAAGGCUGAACAAUACAGUUACCAGGGACCUGAUGUUGACUUAACAAAUCUGGAGUGGAGGACUAUUAAUGGACCGUUUAUUUCAGUCUGGCUUCAUAAUGUCCCUUGGGGUGGUGAAGGUACAAUGGCAGCACCUGAUGCCAAGUUCGCAGAUGGUAAUUUGGACCUGAUCCUCAUCAAGGAUUGCCCGAAGUUGGGCUUGCUAGCAUUAAUGACCAAUUUGAGCGAUGGAGGUCAUGUCAAAUCACCACAUGUCAUGUAUCUCAAGGUGAAAGCAUUCAUUUUAGAGCCUGGUCAGCGCACCAAAGACCCGACCAGGGGAGGGAUCAUAGACAUAGACGGCGAGGUCCUGGCCAGAGGAAAUGGAACAUACAAGCAUGAUCAGAAGACGCUGAUGACAUAUGAUAAGCUUCAAAUAACAGUGGAUCAAGGUUUGGCCACUCUAUUUUGCCCUGUACAACAAUAGUCCAUAGUUUAACACGGGUAUCAUUUCAUGGCCAUCUGAUAUUUACCACAAAGGUGCAGCUUUCUAGGGUUCGUGUAUUCAUUUUUUACCAUAAAAGUUGCGGUUGUACUGCAAUGACAAACGGUACUGAAAAAAAAAAAAACCUAAAUGGAGUCCUCAUGCAUAAUUUUAUUCUAAA